AUGGAUCUCGACUUCGUUAAUGACAGCAUGCCCACAGAGUUACAACCGCAUGCCGACGUGAUCUUAGGACCUCGCGGGGAUGAAAUGGACCCUGCUCGUCGAUACUUGGCCAAUUCCGAAGUCUUUGUCGCGGCGUCGCCCUAUUUCGUAUGCUCCUCCUGGGACCCCAUUUUCACGAAGGCCAUACUUUGUGAUCCAAACAAGAAUCAGAGUUUGGCUGGAAUAGGACGAUCCAAAGGCGAUGGGCGUGCUCGUUUUUCAAUCUCUGGUUGUCUGUUGCCUGCUCUCCUCUCCGCCCUUGCCCGGUUUCUCCAGUGA